GAACGACGAACCCGAACAGCGACGGAGACGAUCGUCUCAUCAGUUCUCACGUUGGCGCUUUCCACUCAGGGUGUGCGCGCGCGCACAUAUACUCUCGCUUGCUGUUCCUGUGUUCUAUGUGUUCAAAGGGUCGCGAAUACUUCCGUACAUUCUUUCGCCGAUCACGCUUCAUGCCAACGUAAGAUCGAUUGUUCCCAUCGUAGGCGUAGGCUGAGUGUUUGUUCGAGUAGCGAAGAGAUCUUUCACUUUCAUCGAGCUAGUUUGCAAACGAUUAAGAAGAGUUUCUGGUGAGCAAGGGUGGGCGAUGCACCCGGUUGGGAUUUCUACGGCAACGUGGUGGUCCACACGGUGCGGUUGGGAAGUGUGAACAGAAACCAGAUUAUUGUAAUUCACACCUGCAACCUGCCACAAGGCGCAUAUCAACCGGCUUCUUUACUGUCCGGCAUUAGUAGGGGAAAACCCCUGCAAUAUCAUUACCUCAACACCAGCAAAAAAAAACCCUACUAUCCGUGUGUGUUUGUGUAUCUGUGCUUGUGUGCGUACGUGUGUUUACUAAAUGCUGUCGCGUUUAGAGCAAAUUAAAAACGUCUCACUCACUGUGCACCCGCUGGUGUAGUAAAGAAAAAUGUUGUGUUUGCUACACUAAAUGUUUCAUUGCGCUACCCCCGCAUUGGCAUUGAUCUUGUUGUUAAUGUGUCUAUGUAUAUGUGUGUGUGUUUGUGUUUGUUUGUAUGUAUGUGUGUUUAACUGUAUGUGUGCUCAAUGUUUAUGCUCGCUCGCAACGUGUUGUAGUCCAAGUAGCCCUGUUCCCUUGGUAACGUUCGUUAACCUUGAUAAUAGAAGAUCGUUUAAAAAAUAACGAUCGUGUGAUUGUUUCAUCGAAACAGCUCUCGAUCUAUGUCACGAUAGUGUGUGUGUGUGUGUGUAAAUUGCGGUAUAAAUGUAGCUAUGCUUUCACCACUUUUCCUGUACCAAGCAAAAUACAUAUGUGGCUUAUGUGUUGCUCUGUAGUUUUGAAUCGAUUUAUGUUGUAAAAAACAAAACCUACUGUCCUGUCCCUGUCAGUAGUUGCGUCCAGUCCCGCCCAUAAACCCACACUGCUUGGACAUCAUUCGGGAAUUAACAUUUAUCUGAAAGUGCGCCUGAAUCAUUCAUCUCGUCCCAGCAGAUCGUAGCGUAGUAAGAGGUGCGGCCACCACACUCGACACUGCACCAGUGCGCGGCACAUACCGGCGGCCAGUAAAAACAGCAGCAGCAGCGGCAGCAGCAAACACGCUGCCAAUAAGGAUCAUGACAGUGCGGAAAAAUAAUCUCCUUCGUUCGCCGCCUGCCAGCCGCGCCUGCACGACCAGCACGCGGAAAAAAGCGGAAUAAGAAACCGUGGUCGAGCACGUUAUCUCCUGCUGUUGCCUUUUGCCGCAAGCAAGUGUCCCUGCGACAGAGCGACAGGGAGACGAAGUCGCUUCACUCAACAAGUGUUUCCCGGUUGGGCCGUUUUCGUAAAAAAAAGAGCGCGUUGAAGUGUUGUAUGCCGCAGAGCAGUGUGCGUUAUCAAGUGUAUUUGUGUUCAUGUGUGUGUGUGUAUUUGUGUCCUAGGCUGUGUGUGUAAGUGUGUUAGCCGCGAGGAGAAGUAAUUAAAAGAGCAAGAAGAAAUAAAGAAAAGAAAGUAAAAAGAAAGUAAAGCAAAGCGAUUGCGAUCUUAUCCUUUGACGAGAAAGCGUGGAAAUUCUGUUAGUUGUGAUUGUGUGUGUGAGUGUUUUGGGGUGAUCAAAGCCGUAUUCAGUGUUGUCACUAAGCCUCCCAGCGUUUUAGGGAAAUUUGCUAGUGUAUCAUUGUUUGUGUGUGUUCUGUGAUCUGUGUGUUUAUAUCACACAGUUGCGCGAUUGAUUCCUGGUUUUCGGUUUUCUCCGACCUCCCCCCCGUGUGUUCGUAAGUGUCGGCGGCAGGAAAGCGACUCCUGCGCGGCACUUUCCCACCUAUACCAAACCGGCAGCAUCGUGGUAUCUCCUCCACUCGCCCGGGAGGCUACGGUUGGCCCCGGUAUCGCACCGUUACCCGUUACCGCCACGAUGCUGAAUUCGCUCGAGGCGCUCGCGGGCAAGAUUUCGCCCGGCUCGGGCAAGAACUCGCCCUCGAACGGUACGGCCGGCGGCGGUGGCGGCAGCGAGAUGAUCGACAGCAACGGCAACAACAAGCUGCUCGCCGGCUACCAGCUCCGGACCAAGCUGCCCUACCAGAAGCCCGGCCUCAGCAACAACAACAACAACUGUAACGUGGUCAACAAUACGCCGGCCGCGGCCGGUAUCGUACCCGGCGGCGGUGGCCUACCGGUCGGGUUGCUCAGUCCGCAAGCGGUCGCCCUGCUGGGGGUCAGCAGUAUCGCCACCAGCAACACGAACGGCAACGGUGGCAAUGGCGGUACGGCCAACCUCGGUAACCUGAGCGCCACCACUGGAGCGGCGGCAGCGGCAGCAGCAGCCGCCAUCGCCGCAAACAGCCACCGUACGACGAACGGGACCAGCGACGCCAUGAUCGUGGACGACGUGCAGAUGAUGGGCGUAUCGUCGAAGGAAAAUGCCAUGCUGAACAUGAGCAACAGCAGCACCACCGCCGGCAGCAUCAAUGCGAACGUCGUCGUCACCAGCCUGAACCUCGGCAGCCCCGGAAGCAACAACAAUAACAAUCACACGCUGAACAACAACAAUCCGAAGGUGAUAAACAACAACACGGCGACGGCGAUGACGACGGGGUCGGCCGCCGGCUCGGACGGUACGGCGUCCCCGUGCCACCAGGACAUGCACCUUAACAUGCACCACCAGCCCGGUGACGAGGAGGUGGUCGGGGACCAGCCCGAUCCGGACUAUAUCAAGAUGUUCGUCGGCCAGGUGCCCCGGUCGAUGGACGAGCAGCAGCUGAAGGAGAUGUUCGAGGAGUUCGGGCGGGUCCACCAGAUCAACGUGCUGCGGGACAAAACAUCCGGCCAGAGCAAGGGGUGCUGUUUUGUGACGUUUUACACUCGCAAGGCUGCGCUCAAGGCGCAGGACGCGCUGCACAACAUCAAGACGCUCGUCGGGAUGCACCAUCCGAUCCAGAUGAAGCCGGCUGACAGCGAGAAUCGAAAUGAGCGCAAGCUGUUCGUCGGCAUGCUUAGCAAAAAGUACAACGAGAACGAUGUUCGACAGCUGUUCUCGGGCCACGGUACGAUCGAGGAGUGUACGGUGCUGCGCGACCCGUCCGGGCAGAGUAAAGGCUGUGCUUUCGUAACAUUCGCAACCAAACAGGCCGCGAUCGGUGCAAUUAAGCAACUACACCAGAGCAAGACGAUGGAGGGCUGCUCGGCACCGCUGGUGGUAAAGUUUGCCGACACGCAGAAGGAAAAGGAUGCCAAACGGAUGCAACAGAUGCAGACGAACCUGUGGGGCAUGACCGGUAUCAAUCAGCCGAUCACGCAAUCGGUAACGCCGCUGACCGCGUCCGCCCAUCCGAACCCACCGCAGCAGCAGACCCCGUUCCUGGCGGCCGAUGCGAUCUCCCCGCCGCUCUCGCUGCUGCAGCAGCUGCAGGCCGUCGCCCAGCAGCAGCAUCUUUUGCAAGGACUUAGUGCUCAGACUGAUACGACCUCCGCCGCCGCCGCAAGCCUUCUCGCGCCGAUCUCGUUGCAGAAUCUGGUGACGCUAGCCGGUAUCACGCAACCGUCGCUGCAAACGGCCGCCGCCGCCGCUGCCCAGACGCCGGCCACGGCCAUCAGCAAUGCAGCGACCUCCUUGUCCGGUCUGUUAGGGAAAACAGCAACGUCAGGGACAACCGGUGCUGAUACAGCCACGGGCCUGACUUCGUACGCCGCCUUACCGCAGUUUGGUGCAGCAGCAGCCACUGCAGCCGCAUUCACCCCGACGCCUUUAACCACGCCGACGCUAGCGCAAGCGGUGGCUGCCGCCGCCGGGAAGCAGAUUGAAGGACCGGAAGGUUGCAAUCUGUUCAUCUACCACCUGCCGCAGGAGUUCACCGACACCGAUCUCGCCUCGACCUUCCUGCCGUUCGGCAACGUCGUCUCGGCGAAGGUGUUCAUCGACAAGCAGACGAACCUGUCCAAGUGCUUCGGCUUCGUGUCGUUCGACAACGUGUCGUCGGCCCAGGCCGCGAUCCAGGCGAUGCACGGGUUCCAGAUCGGCACCAAGCGGCUGAAGGUGCAGCUCAAGCGCUCCAAGGACGCCUCCAAACCCUACUAGGAGUUGGGGCAGCUGGCGGCGACAGUGAACGCGCAGCUGCUGAGGUACUGCGCGGCUGCCGUCGCCACCGCUACCGCCACGAUCAUCGCAAGCGCAACAAUCAAUCGGCAUGGAGGGGGAGCAGCAGCUCCGGCGUCCAUCCGGACGCUGUCACCUGCCGGUGCCGGCACCAGCAGCAGCAGUAGUAGUAGCCGCUUUGUCACCACAAACAACCUCAAAUUUACUACCAGCACCACCACCACCACCACCACUAGCAACAACAGCAGCAACCGGCGGGAUCACUUGUCGUCCGGGGUCACAAGUAAGUCGUGAAAGUGUCACACGAUGGGUGCAUUCUUUGCCCGUUCGCUGCAGGAAAAAAUACGCCACCCACCACAGUCCUUCACCAGCCCAGUACGAGAGACAAAUCGGUGUGUGUAUGUGUGUGGGGACCGCCCCUGUAUCUGUACAGCAAACCGGGCUGUACGACGCGCCGGUACGGUUCUGUAAGCGGAAAACGGCGGGCAACGUUAACAAGUCAGAACAAGUUAGCAUAUUAGUUUCGCGCUGAGGAUCAUUCGCUCUAGCUUUGAUUAGGUUUAACGCUAUAAGUUUUACACACAUUAUCACACACACACACAGACACGCACGAUCAAGUACGAUCGAUCGUACAUUUUGCGGUAGCUAAAGCAAAGGUUAGUUUCACAAACAAGUCUGUGCGCGGUACAAAUGCUGACAGCCAAGCGCUUGCGAUCUUAUUAGCGGCGGUUUAGUGUGAGGUUUUGAACUGAUUUUCACGUCAAAUGGCCAUUAUUUUUCAACUUUCUCUUAUACUACUACUACUACUACUCAAGCCCAUCCCGAUUCAAUUACUUUUACAUGGUUUGAUUUUCGUUUCACUGCGUUAUGGAAUACUUUUCGUUUUUAUCUCUUAUGCUAUUAUUAAUUAUUCUGUUUCUGAACUCACGAGCCCAUGGAUUGGACGUUUUCUCGUUAUUAUCAUCCCUCUCACUAGAGUAGAGGAAUUUUCAUCCUUAGCACAAUGAUUGUUAUUUGCUUAGCUUUUUCCUUUGUAGUUUUUUUUAAUUCAUCAUCCUUUUUUCAUUAUUUUGAUCUGCAAGCAGCGUGAAGUGUUCUUCGCACUACUUCGCUCACAAUUUUUUGACUGCUAGGUGUAUAAAGUCUGUGGCGCUCCCUUCCCUUUUUUUCUUUCUUUGCCAACAUAACUAACAUUAUUGCUGCUGUUCUUGCAAAGUUUUAUCAGUCAGUGCUGCUCUUUUUGUUGUCAUUUUUUUGGAGGCGGACAUUAAGAACAGCAGCAAUAGCAAUGGAGCAAUCGUACAAAAAAGGGUGGGGACUCAAAUAUUACUAUUUAAAAAUGGGGGUGUUUUCUUUUUUGUGUUUAUCUGUUUUAUGUUGCAUCCCACUAAAGAAAAACUUGCUUCGUAAGAAUCAACUUCACGUUAAAUAUUGCAUGUAAACACAUCCCACAUGAUGCAGAAGAGUGGUGGGUACACUACUGUAGCGCAUACCCCGAAAUGAAUGAGGGUUUUUUUCUGUUUAUUUGGUUUAACUGUUUUAACUUUGUUUAAACAUAAUUCAAUGCAUGUUUCUUUGUUAACUGUUGCAAGACGCCUGAAAAGAGAUUCUCGCUGCUAUACUUUUUCGAAGUGAAGCGACAGUACCACCUUGAAAACAGUACUUUAUACACCGUAAUCGUAAUUAAACAACCUUCUUAUUCGUUUGAUUCCUUCUUUUUUUUUGUUAGUUAGUUUGUUUAAUUGCAUAUAAAUUUAGUGAAUUUGUGCACUUAGCAGGAUACACAAAAACAAAAGUAUCGUUUUAAGUUCGUUGAUGAAAUUGAGGAAAAGGUAGAUUUUCCCCCUACAAUAUGUAAUUGUACUUUGGGUUUGAAUAUUGCUCCCAUUAUCUUUUUAUGUUCCUUUUUGAUUUGUUAAUCUUAAUUUUCGUUUUUUUUUUUUGCUUUAUUUCUACAAUGUAUAAGUUAUACAGCAAUUGGCUUUGAUCAGUUCAAAAAAAGAAAUGAAAUACGCGCAUUUGUUACACAGUGCAGCAGUUAGUUCAGGAAACUUGCGUACGCAACCCAGGUGUGUGUGUGUGUAUGUCAUCUCCCGUUUAAAAUGUAGAAGAAGAAACAAAAAAACAGCUCAGCGAACUUAAAGCAAACGCUCAUAGCUCUUAAGUAUGUUUGGUUUGUAGAAACCUUUUCUGUUUUCCUUCGAAAAUGUUCAGAUCGGUAUCAAGCACCUGGAAAGAGCGAGCUAGGUAAUGAUAGGCAAUUGAAGAGCGAGAUAGAGAGAGGAAAAUCGUGUUUCAUUCACCGGGAAGUUAGCUGUGUUUGAUGUAUCAAGAAGUAUCAGCGCGUUUGUGUCGAUGUGUAAAACCCCGUACUUAUCUCGCACCUUGCUUGUCGUCAAUGUCAAUGGUAGUGUGCCGGAAGCGGGGCACGCACACACAAGAACAAGGUGCACCCGUUCCGAGGGUACAACCAUGGAAAAACCAAAUCAAACCGCGCGUGUAUAGGGAGAAAAACAGGAAAGGGACGCGCACUGGGCUGGGUACAUUCUCUGUGCUCACGUCAAUUGUGUUUUGGCGUAUUACAUGUAUAACUGUUUAUGUACAAUCGAAUUAAAUGUCAUUUAUUCAUUCAGCAGUUCCGUUUUUUUUUGUGGCCGCGUGGGGCAACAGCAACAGCUGUGUACAUUGCAAGCCUGCAAGAUCGAUCACAGCCGGACGGGCGGUGUGUGUGUGUAUCGGGGCUGCUGCACCAAUGCGAAAAACCCUUGGCACGCGCGCGCGCUCUCUGUUGGUGGACACACAUGCUUGAUAAUGAUUAUAAUUUCAAAUUACAGGCGUAAUUAGAUAAAUUGAUAGGGAAGUUCGCUUCGGUUCGAUUUGUGUGAGGAAAGGACGAACGGGGAAUGGGAGGGUCAGAUAACCACAAAUGACAUCCCGGCCCAUGGUCGACCACCUGGACGCUGCUGCCACAUUGGUAUUAAUCAGCUAGCGGCGGCGGCAGCCUACGGUUUUAGCUCAUAUUUCAAAACUCCCUUUCGCGCUGCCGACCACGGUGGCGCGGGCGUUGGUUUGUGGCAUUGGUUCCGGUGAAAGAAGCACACACACAACCACACACCUGACCUGACCCCCUACCAAGUGGGUGGUGGGUGGAAGCGUUUGAAUUUGUAUGGCGGCUCCCGUGUGCACACAACUAGUUUAUGUGGCACGUCAUUUGAUCUCUGAUCUAUAAUCAUUUGCCAGAAGGAUAUCCAUAUUCAUUGGCUUUCCUCUCCCCCCCCCCCAUUCCCUGCCAUCGUAGCCCUAGUGAGCUACAAAAGGACGGCGGAGGACAGGUGUGAGGUUUGCGGCCGUUUGCGGGGCAAAUCCGGAACGAAAUACAUCCGGUGGCGAAAUACUCUCUCUCUCUCUCUGCAAUUAGUUCGCGUUGGGUGUCAAGCCACCACCGGUGUGGUUUGACGGUGUGUGUGUGUGUGUGUGGGUGGCAGAUUGAGAGAAAGGGAUCGCACACACACACACAUCCGGUUGGCGGAUCAAUUUUCAUUAGCGUGGAAUUAGCGCAAUAUGAGUAAUGGCAACACACACACACACCCGGCUACCCGGUUGGUGUGGUUUUGUUUUGUUUGGAGGCACUCAGUGUGUUUGUGUGUGUAUAUGUUUGACCGGUGCCCAGUGUUAAUAUCGUGGUUUUACUUCCCUCUGUGCGAGAGAGAGAGAGAGAGAGGAAGCAGUAUCCUUGGUUGCGCUUGGUCACUGCAUCCAUCUUGAACAGGUGCCAAGGCAAGAAGGCAAGCGGUUUCAGAGGAAAUUUAACAAGCGUGUUGAGGUCAGAUCUGGUUGACAAUGAGACACGUGUGUACCGUGGAAAACAAUGCGCCAAUGAGAAGCGGCAGGUAGAAGAGAAGAUGGAGGUCAGUUACACACGGUGCACAUAUGCCCAGUACCUCCGACGACAACCGCCAAUAUUGUGUGUCAUCAAUAGGUGUAAUAAUGUUGGCAUUGAGGUGUGAAUGUGAGCGAAUGCGAUGGGGGUGGGUCGUGCCGUGUGCACCGUCCGAUAGUUACUUCUAAUUUAAACCCCAUUGAUUAUGAUUAAUUAUUUAAUUAUGUAAAUCCGACAAGGUGCGCUCACGGCCCGCGGUGUACGUGUAAGCCAACACUCUUGCAGUGUGCAGUGUGGAUAAGGAUAAGGUGUAGCAAGGUGAUGAUGAGUGUAUGCGAAUACUAACCUUCCAUCUGCACGAAGCGGCCCGCAAGCUUCCGGGGCAAGUUGCGGUUGAUUAGGUGUUAAGUUUUGGCAUCACAUUCAAUUAACCGCCCCAGCCCCAGGCCACAUGGGAGCAUGUCCUUGUGAAAUACUGGCGAAAAUUUGAUCCCAUUUGUGCUUCUAGUUGCCCUAAAUACGCGGACACAAAUUAGUGUCGCUUGUUUUCGGGUAUAGAUCGAUCGUUCUUUCCUUCUUUGUUGAUUGGGUCAUGUCCGUUUUUGUCACGAAAUGCUCUUUCAUUUCGAUUUUUUCAGAGAAUGCUCUUUAAAUUACGCCUUUUUAAGAACAGCCAAAUGCCGCGUCCGUCCGGUUUUGAUAAGUGUAGUGAUCGUGCUAUCCUUUUUGUGUGCGAAAACCGGUUUUAUUGGUUCACGGCUUGCAAGACACGUGGUCGUCCCUACAAAAAAUCCUCUUUUUCAACAAUUAUUAGCAAAAUAAAACGAAAGCAGUCUUGUGAUGUGAUCGGAGGGGGGAAAAGGUUAACAAACACAUUACUUUCCGCGUACGACGAACGUCUGUUUUUUGUAAAUGUUUAGAAAUUGUAGGAUAAAUUAAUUCGCGUAUCAAAGGGCCACACCAGCACAGAAGUACGGGGCGCCUCCAUCAAAAGAGCAAAAACGCACUAAGGCCCCAGAUAGAAGAGGAUGAGAGGUAGAGGUGAUGUGUAGAGUGUUUAAUUUCUGUUUCAUCGUCGCCAUUUUGUCACAAACUACAACCGUACAUUGCCAUCUUCAAUGCGCAAACGUCAUUUGUAUAAUGUACAGUGUAUAAAGUUGCAAAAAAAAUUAUACGCGAAAGGUAGAGUGCGCAGUGGAAUGUGCACCACCAGCACCAGCCACCACCACCACCAACAGCAAAAACACAAAGAAAACACGGCAAAAAAACCAAAUCUUGUUUGUAUAAUUAAUAACCAUUUUCGUUCGAUAAGUGGGGUUGGUUUCCCUUUUCCGCUUCUUAGUUAAGGGCCAAAAGCAUAAUUAAAUAGUAAUAAUUUUCUUCGCUCUUUGUCAGUUACUUAUGCUUUCUUUAAUUCUCUACUGAGCGUUUUGUUUUCACUUGUUCGUUUGUUUGCUCUUUUCUUUGUUGUGCUGUUUUUUUGUUUUGACUUUAUCUUUUCUUUUUGUUUUGUCGUUGCUUGAUUUUCUUCGUACUCAACGUUUCAUUUCUUAUUUUCUAUAUCUAUUAUACGAAGCAGUGCGAGCAGCGCGCGCAGAAGAGAGCCUGUGUGUAGUGUUUGUAGUAGUGUUUUAGUUUAGUUAGGUAGUUAGUAGUAGUGCUCCGGCAAAGAAGCAAACAAACAAACAGAAACGGCAGCGGCAAACAGCGGAACGAAACUCGUCGUUCAUCGUUGUGUGUGUGGCACUGGUAUUUGGUGCUUUGUAAUGUAUCUACGGACUAUAUUGUGUAGCUCGCGUCUGUGUGUGUGUGUGAAUGUUUGUGUGUGUGUGGUGUGUAUCACAACAGGAUGGGAUGUUUAAGGAUAGACAAUUACACAAACAAACAAAAAAGAAGAAAUCAUUAGUGUGAACGUGCAGACAGUGCAACAGUAGAUAAUAGAGCAAAGAAAGAGAGUUGCAAAAUAACGCAAAAGGAUUAAAAAAAAAACAAGUAAAACACACGCACCCUUGUUCAACAAAGAAAAGGGGAAAGAAAGCAAGCACACUGGAUGGUGAAUGUUAAAAGUACUAUUGUAAAAAAAAGCAAAGAUUUAAAAAUGUGUUAGUGGCUACCCUCUUUUGGUUUGUGUAAGAAGAGUCACGGUGUUUGUGUGUGUGAUUUGGUCCGAACUUUCACACACAAUCAGAUUGAUCGUGAUGAUGUAUAGAUAACGGAUAACUUUCAAAAGCGUGUUUCCCUCCUGCUGUGGAAAGCUUCAGAAAAACUGUACACUUACACCGAUAAGAAGAAGAAGAAGAAGAAGAAGAAUAAUAAAUAAAAAAAAACACAAAACAAACAAAAGCGGUGAAAGAGCGGUGUGUGGAAAAUACUAAAUGUGCCAGUUUAUAGGAAAAAUGUAAAAUGAAAAAACGAAAGGGAGGAGAGCAACCAAAAACAAACAAAAAAAUCGAAACCUAACAAGAGAAGAAAUGUGUUCGAAAUAAAACAGAAACAAACAAAAAACACUGAAACAAUGAUUUGAUGAAAUAGUAAAUAAGGAAGAAGUGUAGUAGUAAAAAGAAAACACACACACAACCACAUACACAACAAACAGAAAAGAUGUGAAAAAGUCUAUUAGUAAAAAAAAAAGAAAAGAAAACAAGUAGAGAGAGCCCAGCCGUAGGUGCGCGAAAUUCGGUUUAAAAAGAGAGAUAAAAAAAAACAGAGAGAAAAGAAGAAAAACUUAACUAUAUAUAUAUUAUAUACACUAGGUACUUAUAUAUGAAUAUAUAUAUUAUAUACAACAGAGGCGAGAAAAGAGGGCGGAGAAGAAGAAAAACUGUACACGAGAAGAAAGAGGAGUAAAGAAAAGAAGCGAAGAAGGGUCCCUAUUCCGGCUUUUGUUUCCUCCGUUAAUGUUGUGUCCCCUCUAUGGCAGCUCUCGGUCGGGUCGGGUGUAUUCCCGUUGUGUUUCCCCUCUUGGCAUUAAGAUUUCCUUACCUUACCUCUCGCUGGUCAGCAGUAAAGUCAGCAGCAGCAGCGCCAUUAGUUGAUUUGUUAUCACAAAUCAGUUGUCCCCACACAAAUAAUGCUUUCUUUAUUUGGUUGUUCCUUAAAAUAAGGGAAGAAAGAGAUAAAAAAAACAGUUCAAUAAUCCUGAAAAAAGCAAAGACACAACAUAACAAAAGCGAACAAUGUCUCAUCUCAUCAAUGCUGCGGCAACAAGGCGACUAUCACCGAGCAAAAUUCAGGAAACCAGGUUAACGUUCCUGAAGUUUUAUGUUGCGUUUUUUUGGGCUAUUUAUGGCCCCAAACGCUCCCUUUUGUGUCCUUUGGCAGCUAUUGUGAACUUUUCGAAAGCCCAAAUCCUUUGGGCCUCAAUUGCCUUCACCUUCUUAUCCUUAGUACAUCAGUUUGCUCAUCAUCAUGUGCCAACGGGGGGAAAACACUGGGAAAUAGUACCCCGCCUCCCUCCCCUCAAAACCUUCUAAUUUUCUUUAUCAUUCUCCCACCUCGAUAAAGAUGAUUCUUUGCUCCUUGCUUCUUCUACACACCAACACUUCAAAAAACUUUCUUUGUAUGGUUUACUACUAUUAUUUGAUUUUACUUUGAAAUUUGAUAAGAAUAAAACCGUUUCGUUUCUUCGGCAGAGAGCGAGAGAGAUGGAGGAAGAAACUCGUGAAAAAUCACAAAACUGAAAACAACUGACUGUGAAA